AAAGAACAUGAGAACGAAGAAGAAAAACAAUACAUACACGUUUAACACAAUGGGAUACCACGAAGGGAGAUAGCAACAGUUAAAACAAGAGAUUAUUCGUCAAAUAACGAUGUCAUCUUGUAGACUUGUGGGCAUCAGAAAGUAUGCGAUAAAAACAGAAACUCGUUUUAGCGGUUGGAGAAGCGAGACAAAAGUUAUUAUUAUUUAUAGUUUAUUUGAAUAGUUUAUUUCAUCUGGACUGGACCUGCAGCGAUUCUCGUUACUUGAAAGCGCAACAGGUUGGAAGAUGGUGUCGUGGAUUAUUUCUAGGGUCAUCGUUCUUGUGUUUGGAACGCUGUAUCCUGCAUACUACUCCUUUAAAGCUGUCAAAUCCAAGAAUGUCAAGGAAUAUGUGCGAUGGAUGAUGUACUGGAUUGUGUUUGCACUUUACACAGUGGUGGAGACCAUCACAGACCUUUCUUUGGCUUGGUUUCCAGUUUACUACGAACUGAAGAUGGCUUUUGUCUUUUGGUUGCUGUCUCCCUACACCAGAGGAGCCAGUGUCCUCUAUAGGAAGUUCCUACACCCUAUGCUGGCAUCCAAGGAAAGGGACAUUGAUGAAUAUAUUGUCCAGGCCAGAGAGAAGAGUUAUGAGACGAUGGUGAAUUUUGGGCGUCAGGGUCUCACUAUCGCGGCUGCUGCUGCUGUCUCUGCUGCUGUGAAGGGACAGGGUGCCAUCAGUGAACGUCUGAGGAGUUUCAGUAUUCCAGACUUGACGCAGAUCCCCCCUGAGCAAUCAGCCUUCUCCAAAUCCAGUCGACGGGCCCUACAGCCUGCUAACCCUAGCGCUGUCGAUUCUGAGUCAUAUAAACAAGCAGGGGAGGGGCAUGAGGAGGAAACAGAUGGAGUAUUCUCCGAAGACGAGGCGUCAGUGCAGAAGGGUCUGCGCAGAUCUCAGAGUGUAAAACUCGCCCGUGCCAAAGCAGCACGCAAAGAGCCUCGCUAUGGCUCUCUGAAGCUGAAACCCAGAAGGCGGCAAUUGGUUACAUCAUCCACUUUUGACCAUCCUUGAUUGUCCAAUACAAACUCACAGACGGGAUCAGCAUCAAAACUGCAGUCUAAUUCUAAACUUUUGCUAUGCAAUUCUGCAUGAUAAUGCUCUUUCAAAGCAGCACUAAACACACAACUACAACUACAAAAAGACUUACAGCAUAAACAAUGACUUUUACAUUCAUUCUUUUAUUAGAUGCUUUAUUCAAAGUGCUUUACAGAUGAGGAAUACUGCAAUAUAAGCAACAAUGAUGCAGAAUGAUGAAAAGAGAAUCUUGCAUGCAGCAUUAUUUGUUCAGAAAAAUACCAAAGCCUAAUAUGAGUACAGGAAGACUAAGAAUGUACUAAAAAUCUCAUUUAAAAAUGGAUCUGAGCGCAUCUGAUCUGUAACUUGACCUGACCCUGCCUCUGUAGAGACAUCUCUUGUUACACAGAGCGUGGUCACAGUAGCACAGGUAUCCUUGGUGUCCUCAGUCUCCCUCUACAGUGGCAGGUGUCAAAGGUUUCGGAAGUGUGCGCCUUUCAGCUUGUUUUUGCAGUAAUGAAAUGGAACAGGAAAAAAGACUGUGCAUGUUUUGGCAGGUGUUUGUGUAUGCAUUGGUGUUUCAGCAUGUUAAUGUUUACAUUUUCAUAGUUCACCCAGAAUAAAAAUUCUGUCAUCGUUUAUUCAUCCUCAUAUCAUUCUAAACCCAUGUGCAUUUCACCCAUGGAAUGCAAAAGAAAUAUUUUUGAAGAAUAUAUCAUUUCCAUAUAAUUAAAGCGAAUGGGGAUUCAGUCUGUCAAGCAAGCUCCAAAAUGACAAAUGAAGCACCAUAAAAGUGGUCUAUUUGACUGCAUACAAUACAUAUUUUGUCAAAAUUGAGUUACGGCCUAAAUCAGGUCUCUUAGACUAUAAUCUGUCCUGUGUUAGAUGGGUUUGGCUCGACCAUGGUCAGAUUCAGAAUCAGUCCCCCAAAAAAAAAUGCUGAAGUCAUUUUUCUCAAUUUCAGUGUUGGUAUAGUAUCUUUGCUCUGUGAAUGUAACUGUUAUUCACUCAUAAUCUUCUAUGAUAUUCUGAAACAAACUACAAAAAAAUCAGAAACUGCAUGUUUUAGAACUACAGUGUUGGGGAAGAUUUUGAUUAUAUUGGAAUAAUGUAACCAGAAUAUUAUUCAAAACUUCUCUUUUUAUGUUCUAAAGAAUUUGUAUAGGUUUGGAAUGACAUGAGGAUUAGUAAAUGAUUUUUUUCCUACAUUUUUGGGUGAACUAUCCCUUAAAUCUGUCAUGAAAUGUUAUAAUAGUUUGUUUUUAAGUCUUGACAGUAUUUUUAAAAGCUGUUUCCAAAAACAUUUCUUAAGUUUGAAUGUCUUAGGAUUAUAUUUUAAUUUUUUUCCUACAUUUUAACAUUUAAUCUAUUUUAGAGUGAUGUACAUUCAUUUUAAUCAUGUUUUUUUCUGUAUUUAGUCUGUCAUGCUAACAUUUUUUAGCCUUCUUAAGUUUGCUUAACAAAAUGCACUAAUUAGUGUAACAUUUGACCAAAACAGCUUUAUAUUUGCAAAGCAUGACAGGAGAGUGAAUCUAAUGUUGACAGAAGUAAGUUAAACAUUGUGGUUUGUACAUGUGUAAACAGUGGCAAUGAUCUGUCCUUUUUUGAACGUGUUUGCAUUUUGUGUUGGACAGUAAGUCGUAAGUGUGUGGAAAAAAGUCUGUGAGCAUUUGGGAGUCUUAGUUUGUGAGUAUGUUUUGUGUGAUGGUGAAAAACCUGUUGAUUAGAUUUUUGACCAACAGUUUUUUUUUUUUUUGAAUGUGUUAGUAAAACCUGCACCUAAAAGAAUAAGGUUUAAAACUAAGUUUUAUUUUCUUUGACCUUGGGACAGGUCGUGGAAAACCUGGAAAUACCAGGGAAAUUUAAAAGGCCUGGAAAAGUCAUGGGAAUGUCAAGGAAAGAUGGAAAUUUCUUUAAGCAAUAUUUUUCUUGGUUUCUCUGCUCUAAGCUAUUUCAUGGGCUAGAUAUUGUGUUUCAUGAAUGCCGCAUGUCAGCGUGAAACAUCAGUCUGUCUGAUACAAGACUAAUAAAACACUAA